AUGCGGCAACACUCCGUCGACGCCUCCGCCGACGAGGCGUUGGCCCGCAUGGGCUACAAGAGCGAGCUACCUCGUAACUUGUCCAUGCUGAGUAUCCUGGGUCUAUCCUUUGCUAUUAUGGCCGCGCCAUACGGCCUCAGCACCACCCUCUACAUCACACUGGACGACGGCCUCUCCGUCACCAUCAUCUGGGGCUGGGUCUUCGUCACUCUCAUCUCGAUCGCCAUCGCGGCCUCCCUCGCCGAGAUUUGCGCCGUCUACCCCACCGCCGGUGGAGUAUACUACUGGAGCGCAAUGCUCUCCACCCGUCGCUGGGCACCGCUCAUGUCCUUUAUCGACGGCUGGUUGACACUCGUGGGCAACUGGACGGUCACACUGAGUAUUAUCUUCGGUGGUGGACAGCUUAUCCUCAGCGCGAUCCAACUGUGGAAGGAGGACUUUGUCGCGAAUGCGUGGCAGACGGUACUCAUGUUUUGGGCCGUGAUGCUGGUCUGCACGCUCGUCAAUAUCUUUGGGUCGCGCUAUUUAGACCUGAUUAAUAAGAUUUGUAUCUUUUGGACUGCUGCGAGCGUCAUUAUUAUUUUGAUCGUGCUGCUUACUAUGGCGGAUCACUUGAACUCGGGCGAGUUUGUCUUCGCCGAGUAUGAUUCCUCGCAGAGUGGAUGGCCUGCUGGCUGGGCCUUUUUCGUUGGCUUGCUGCAGGCAGCGUAUACGCUGACGGGAUACGGUAUGGUCGCGUCGAUGUGUGAGGAAGUCCAGAACCCGCAUCGCGAGGUCCCCAAGGCUAUCGUGCUGUCCGUCGUUGCGGCUGGAGUCACGGGUCUGUUGUAUCUGAUUCCCGUGCUGUUCUCGAUGCCCAAUGUCGAAGUGCUGCGCCAGGUGGCGAGUGGACAGCCGAUUGGAACGCUGUUCAAGGAAGUAACCGGCUCCGCUGGCGGUGGCUUUGGUCUGCUCUUCCUGAUUCUGGGAAUUAUGUUGUUCGCGGGUAUUGGCUCGUUGACCGCUGCCAGUCGCUGCACGUAUGCCUUUGCGCGCGAUGGAGCCAUUCCAGGAUUCCACCUGUGGCGUCGCGUUAACAAGAAGCUGGACGUGCCCGUGUGGGCGAUCAUCCUCUCCGCAGUGGUAGAUUGCCUGUUGGGAUUGAUCUACUUUGGCUCCACGGCUGCCUUCAACUCUUUCACGGGUGUGGCCACGAUUUGUCUGUCGACCUCGUACGGAUUGCCCAUUCUGAUCUCGAUGAUCCGCAGCCGUGAGGAUGUCAAGCGCUCCACCUUCUCUCUUGGUCCAUUUGGAUGGAUCAUCAAUGCCAUCACCGUCCUGUGGAUCGUGCUGGCCGUCGUGCUCUUCUGCAUGCCUUACACGUUGCCCGUUGAUGCGUCCGGGAUGAACUACGCGAGCGUGGUCUUUGCCGGGUUUGCUGCUAUUAGUAUCGUCUGGUACUUUGUGUAUGCGCGCAAGCACUUUACCGGUCCUCCGGUCUCGAAGGAAGAAGUGAUCGCAGCCACGGGAGUUAUGACGGGCUCUGCAGUGGAUACGGAGAAUGCUAUACUCGAAGUCAAGAAGAUGCCCAGUAAUUAA